UUCUCGGUCACCCUCGGGUUGUUUUGAAGCCCAACAACAUGCACAAAGUCCCACGUUGAUGGAGCUGCACUCUUUACUGUUUUCAAAGUCUCCAAUCUGAAGCUGGCUUGGCUGUUGAAAAAGAAGCCAGGCCUCUAAACCUCUCGGUUUGAUCUCUUCAUCCAGUGUUUUUUGACUGGGUUUCAUGUAUGAUCCCACGAGACUGAUCAAGGGCAUUUAUAGUCUCAGCAAGCAUCAUGGCCCAACCGGACCCCGCCUUUCCCGAGGAGUUGGUGUGCGUGCUGUGCCAUUUUUUACUCGAAGAUGCCGUCAUGCUCCCGUGUUGUGCCUCGUCCGUGUGCGAGAUCUGCGCCCGGGAACGCAUUGCGGGAACCAAGUGUCCCAUGCAAGACUGUGAGUCCACCGAGGCCGAUCCCGGGGACUUGAUUCCUAAUCGGCGAUUGCGUGCCAAAACGCAAAUUUACCGUGAUAAACACAACGUGCCGCUGCGCGAGCGAACGCCUCCAAUGACGACUGACGAUGAAGAGGCCAAGGAUUCCUUGAAGACCCUCCUCAGUAUUCUGCCCAACUCAAAUCGGUCGCCCGAGCCCGAGGAGAUUGAGGCCGUGCAGAACGAACUCUUGUCAGAACCUGUGCCUUCUCGUGAGCCCACGAUUGAUUUCGAAACUGCGAAGGCCACUUCUAAGGAAGAGAUGCCAGUUGAGGAAGUCCGAAACUACCCCUCAGAUGUCUUGUCUAAAGACGGUAAGGAAGAGAUCCCAAAUGGCACCUCGGACGCCUCCACGGAAAACGCGAAUGGGACCCUGGACCCAACGCCUCAAGUGAGCAGAGACAAAAAUGAGACAGAAAGUGCUCAUCUUCAGAAUGUGGAUGAUGAAGAGGAACCUCUGGGUGAUGCCAUUCCGACUAUCAGUCACGGCGUAGAGAUUCCUCGUGAGCUCAUGAAAGAGGCGGUGCACGAUCCUCUGGCGGCUUUCAAUAAACUGAUGCAAGUCAGGGACAAAGAGAAAGGCAUUGUGAAUGCUGAGCAGCAUUACGGUCAAGCGCCACCGCAAUAUGACAAAGAUGCCAUCUACAAUGCAACAUACGCCCACAAGGGAUACUAUCACAACUCCCAUAUGUAUGGAGGUCAGCCCAAACGAUGCUUCACGUGCAAUAAAGUGGGUCACCUGGAUAAGCACUGUCGUUUCAAUCCUCAGAGUAUCAACUACAUGCCCUCCUCCCACUCGUUAGGGCGGAAUCAUCGCGACGAGUCCGAAUACUACCGUUCCCACAAUGAGAGCUCCUUUCGAAAAAGUCAGAGUCGGGAAAGGAGCCGACGGAGCCGAAGCCGACGAAUCAGUGGAAGUGGAGAUGAGAAACGCACCCGACGAUCUCGAAGUCCAUUUGGCAAGAGUGGCAAGACAAGAUCCCAAAGUCGAAGCCGAUCAAGGUCGGCAAGCCGGAAGGCCAGGAAAAGAAGUCGCUCUGCGAGUCCUUCCAAGAGUGUAGCGAGGAAACGGUAUCGCUCCCGAAGUCGCUCAAAGCAAAAGAGGAGUCAGUCUCGGAGUCCUUCAAGGAGGAAAAGUAGGUCCAGUAGUCGAUCUAGAAAAUCGCCCAAACGUAGCGAGAAGAGGAAAAAGAAACGGGAAAGGAGCUCCAGCCGAGAAACAAAGAAGGAGAAGCGAAAGAAGGAUAAAAAGGAUCGUCGUUUCUCGCGUGAUGAGACUCCGCCGAAGAAAAAGAAAAAGUCCUCCAUGGAGAAAAGUCCAGAACACAAGCCAGAGAAGGAAAAAUCGUCGAAUGAAUCGGAGAGGAAGAAGAACAACUCCGUGAAAAGCGAGGACGAGAUCAAGGAAAAGAGUUAUUCUAGCGGCAAGGAGCGAGAUACUAGUCCAGAAGAUAAACCCAGCUCUCGAGUCAAGGUGAAGAAGUCUCCCGAACGCUCUUCAGUCAGUAAAAUACAUCAUCGGUACAAUUCUUCCUCGAGUCGAGAUGGACCCGGUGUGCAUUUUAGGGAUCGUAAAUCGACCACGGUUGACAUUCAAACAGAAUCCCGUCGGUCUCAAACCCCUCCAAAAUCAUCAUCUAAAGAACCUGUUGUUGAUGCAGAUAUCUCAGACGAGCCCUUCUUCACUCCAUCCAAGUUUGCCAAUUCGAAGAUAGAAAUCAAGCUAGGGGCUCCUAAGAGUAAAGUCGUCGAAUCCAAGCCGGAGUUUGAUCAACCAACCGGUAAAACACGCCUUGAAAGCAUUGAAAACCAUCCAAAUGGACGGAGAUCCUCACCGAGUGCGAAAAAAGGUUUGUCUAAAAGGUUUCGGGAUGGUCAAAGUUCGUCUCCCUCGCCUCCAAGAAAAACGGGUUCUAGCUCCAAGAGCAAGGACAAGGAAACAUGGAAAAAGCAGUCUGAAGAGAAAAACAAUCCCGAUGGAAAACAUCUUCUCUCUGACAAGCCCGCAAAACUUGAGAAUAAAAUUCUGGAUCAUCAAUCGCCCGUCGAGGAUGUUCAGAAGGAGAAAAGGAAACAUUCCCCCAAAAGAAGGUCCAGGUCUAGAACCCCGAAACGAAAGUCGAGGUCCAGAACGCCCAAGAGAAAAGGCCGGUCCAAAUCUCCCAAGGGCCGUUCCAGACUCCGAUCUCCGGCGGACGAUCGAUCCGCGCGAAAAAGUGAUCAAUCCCGCGACGAAAUUCGUGCAGUUGGCGAGUUCAAAACGAGCAGGGAAUUAUCCCCCAUUGAAGAAACGCAUCUCAAUGAGCGACAAGUGCAAAUCAUAGCUGGAUCCAAAAUUGGUGAUUCCAUUUCUGCAAGGUCGAAGAAGAAGAAGAAAAAGGCCAAGAAUAAGGGAAAGAAAAGUAAGAAAAUCAGUUCCGAAUCGGAAGAGGACGUGAGUUCUUCGUCAUCAUCGUCAUCGUCGUCGGAGUCUUCUGAGAAUUCGUCCGACAGCGAUUCUUCAGACGAGAAGAAUAGCGUCAGUAAGAAAUUGAAACGCAAGAAGAAACGCAAGUCCAAGAAGAGUAAGAAGAAGUCAAAGAAAAGGGCCAAAGCGAAGAAAAGUAAGGCAAUGGACAUUCUCUUGGAACAAGGUUCAAAGGUGGCUAAGAUACGUCUGACCGAGUCUGACCUUCAAGAUCCAAAAUAUCUUCAACAGAUUCUUAUUCAACAGCUAAAUCAAGCCUCCAAGGGGGAUAAACCCUCAGGCAACAUGGAAGAUGGCAGCAAAGAAUCAGGAAGCCAAGAACCUCGGUCGGACAUCAAGACGAAAGAGGAUGUCUUGGAAUUGGGCAAAUCAUCCUCAAUCGAGCUCAAAAUUAAUAUCGUGAAUUCCUCUUGCGACACGAAAUCUCCCAUCUCCGACAAAACUACUCCACACCUCGCACAAGUCCAAGGAGCAGAGGAAGACGAAGAAGAUAAUUCCGAGCACGAAGAAAGUGGUCCAACCAUGGCUUUCAUUCCGGAAAGCCAAGCGCCUGGUGAUAACUAAUCCAAAUCCUAGAUCGAACUGAAGCCUUCCUCGGAGAUAUCAUACCAACUUUUUCAUCUUUUGUCUGCCCGCCUACCACACAUCUAAUCACAUGUGAUACAAUAUUUUUCGUGUCCUGCUCUGCCGUAUUUUUGUACUUUCAAGAAUGAAGCGGUUGACGUGUCGGGUUAUUUUUCACCGUGUUUUGCAAAUCUGCGAUUUUUUUUUUUAUUCCUCCGGCAACAUGGGCGUAUGAAAUCACAGCAAUGGCUUGUUUAAUAAAUAUGAAAUAGUUAAGGAACCCGAA